UGUGCGCUGGGUGUUUGCAGGGGGGGGGGCAUCUUUGCUUACGCCUCCCCGGACGGGAUCGGGGCGCAUCGCCGGGAUCGGGGCGCUCCCCCACUUUGGGAAAGGGAGCGGCUGGGAAGGGAUCGGCGCUGCACCUGCUCGGGGGCAGGGGGGAGCGAUUGGGCUGGAAAGGGGAGUCCCCCCACCCCGCACCCAGCAAGAACCCGGGGAUCCCCUGUCCCCCUCCCUCGAAGCAGCACCGUCUCUGAGCCGGACCCCGGACGCCCCCGCGCCGUCAUGUCGACCAUCAAUCCAGAAUAUGACUACUUGUUCAAACUCCUCCUGAUCGGGGACUCCGGGGUCGGCAAAUCCUGCCUCUUGCUGCGCUUCGCGGAUGACAAUUACACGGACAGCUACAUCAGUACCAUUGGGGUGGACUUCAAGAUCCGGACCAUCGAGCUGGAGGGGAAAACUAUCAAACUCCAGAUAUGGGACACGGCCGGCCAGGAGCGCUUCCGGACCAUCACGUCCAGUUACUACAGAGGCGCCCACGGUAUCAUCAUUGUGUAUGAUGUAACGGACCAGGACUCGUUCAGCAACAUGCACCUGUGGCUGGAGGAGAUCGGCCGCUAUGCCAGCGAGAACGUCAACAAGCUGAUCGUGGGCAACAAGAACGACCUGACCUGCAAGAAGGUGGUGGAUUACACCAUGGCCAAGGAAUACGCGGACGCGCUGGAGGUGCCGUUCCUGGAGACCAGCGCCAAGACCGCCACCAACGUGGAGCAGGCCUUCGUCACCAUGGCGGCCGAGAUCAAGAACCGGGUGGGCAGCGGCCUCCCCCACAGCGACAGCCGCCAGCCCAACCCCCGCAUCCAGAGCGCCCCCCUGCGGCAGGGCCGGGACGGCGCGGGGGAGGGCGGCGACGGAGGUGGGGGCUGCUGUUAGGGAGGGGGGUUUCCCCCACCCACCUACUCCGUGGUGGGGAGCUUCUCCGUGUCUGGGACUACCGCUGGGGGCCAGGACGGCUGGGCAGAGGGGCCCUUUGCAGCACCCUAUUUAUUUGCAAUAGAUUUUUACAGGCUGCGAUCCCUCUCCAACCGUGUGGGCGCGCCCUCCCCCUUGGCUAGCCAAGAGAGACUCAGGGCCGGCUACUGAUCUGGGCUCCUGGCGGGCUGAGCUACUCCAAGCUCCAUCCUCUCCUCCCCCAGUCAUUCCCGAUCCCCGCUGCAUGGCCAUACAGCCAGCCCUGCUCUGCACCCUUCAGGCCUCUGGAAGGGCCCCAGCUGCUCCGAACAGAGCCGGGCCCAGGGAGGAAUCCCCGAAUGCCGCAGGACGCGCGAUGCCUCCCUGCAUGGGGGUGGAAGGCGACGUAGCCACAGACGGAGCAGCGAGGAACUGUGCCGUGACGCCCAGGACAAAAGCAGAAAGCACCGUCGUCUGCGUCCCCUCUUAACGCAGCCUCGUGGGCGUCUGGUGCCGAGUUAGCAUCUUUUUCGUGUCCAAAUGCUUGAAUUUCUCCCCCCUCGGCUCAAGACUGAAGAGCGGCUUGAACAUUCAAAGCUUGGGUGGAAAAGCGCCUCGAGCCGGGUCCCGCAGCCGGAUGCCAUUUCUGAUAGGAGGGGCCUUGUUAAUCCAGAGCGAGAUCCCGUGGCUGGGCGGAGUCGGCUGGAAAACGGGGUGCUGGUUUAUAACACCAUGGGCGGUGACCCAGUGGAGGAGGUCUCUCAGCGCCGGGCUGGAGUCUUCAUCACUCUGGCGUCUCAGUGAGAUUGCAUGCCCCGUUCGAGAGCCGAGCGAGCUCCACCACCAGCUAGGGGCUGAAUGCUGGAAUUCUGGUGUGUGAGGCACCAGCCCUUGGCUUACAGGGAGGGUUUUGACUAGAAAGAUUCGAAGGAGGGUCAAAUUUCAAUCCUGCCUCCCUGGAAGAAUUUCCCUCCCCACCCCCACCCCCACCCCCGGUUUGCAACCCUUCCCUCCCCCCUUUGCUCACAACUGAUGCCUCCAGCCCAUGGCGGGGAGAGUUUGGCAAGAUCCCUCCCCACUGAGCGGGGCCAUGUUGGGACGAGGACCUUGCUGCAUUAAUUGGCUCCGGCAUGUUCCGAGCAGGGCAGUCCCUGUCCUGAGGGGUGGGGGAUUUAAAGGGAUGUCUGUUUGAUGGGGGCAGGAAGUUGUGGGGGGGGGUGGUAGAAGUGGCACCUGGGUUAAUAGACUUGCUGGAAAAUUUGCCCUUGGUAUUUAUCUUAUUGCCUUUGAAAUACAGUUAACUCUAACAGCAGCUCGUCUGCCAGGGCUUGACUGGCACGACCCACCGCCGGCGGUAGGUCGUGGGCCCCAGAAAUGGCACGUGCCGGCCGGGGCCAGCAGUUUAUCCCUGCUAUUUAACACCGCUGAGAGUUUUUAGGGCUUGCGGGUGCCCUACGAAUUAAAGGCUCCAUCUACAAUUGA